CUUUUAAACACCUCUGCCUCCCUCAGCGCACCUCUACACUCUGCUUCUCUCCGACUCCUUCCUCUCACGCUCUCUCCUUCAGCGGCAGUGCUGGUACACAGCUAGCUCGCAGGAGAAACCGGCCAUGAGGCAAGGAGGAGGUGGAGGAACCGACGGGGUCAGCCCCGGCAACGUCCCGGUGUGCUACUACGGCUCCGCGGGGCGCGUGCCGGCCGCGCUGGAGCGGCGGUUGCGCGCCGCGGAGGUGUUCAUGCGGUGCGCGGCGUGCGGGCUCGCGGUGCUCGCUGCGGCGCUGCUCGGUGCCGACCGCCAGACCCGCGUCUUCUUCUCCGUGGAGAGGGUCGCCCGGUACACCGACAUGCAGUCCCUCGUAUUUUUGGUUAUAGCAAAUGGGAUUGCAGCGUGUUAUAGCCUGCUCCAGGGGGCGAGGUGCUUGGUGAGCGUACUGACAGGUGGUGUCCUCCUCAGUAGGCCCAUGGCAUGGGCUAUCUUCUCUUGUGAUCAGGUGAUGGCGUAUUUCACGAUAUCAGCGGUGGCCGUGGCGAUGGAGGCGGCGCUGAUCGGCAAGUACGGCACGACGCAGUUCCAGUGGAUGAAGACGUGCCACCUCUACAAGCGGUUCUGCGCGCAGGCGGGGGGCGGCGUCGCCUGCGCCAUCGCGGCCAGCCUCAACUUGGUCGGAAUCUCCCUCGUCUCGGCGUUCAACCUCUUCCGGUUGUACGGCAGCGGCAAAGGGAGGAAGUGAUCGUCUCGAUUUGUAGGAACACAGAGACGUCGCCGCUGGCCGUUUCUAGGUUUUAACGUACACCGAGUCUGGAACCAUAGCUGUGAUGAUCUUCUCCGGUUUGAGUUUUUCUGGUGUUGGCAUGCUGGUUGUCGGCGUAGCCAUAAGGUCUCUGGGACGCCCAUGUAUAUGAUAAGAAGUAAUCCAAGGUGUUUGUGUACGUAGCAUGCGCAAUAAACGCGCGAGGAAGCGAUGUAUCACUGUCUCGCAGCCUCAGCUGCAGCCUGCAGGGUGGCAGCCAGAGCUAGAGAAAUUUACUACACUCGAGUAGCUGUUGCUGAUCCUAUGCCAAGU